AUGAUGAGCGAAGACUCCCGACAGCGGCUCUACAACCAGAGCAUUCAAAAUGCUUAUAACGCGCUGCUGAGCCAGAAGCGAGGGCCUCGGUCAAGCGGCUUUCCCAGCGGAUCGUCGGCGGUUGCUGUCCAGGAUGAGGAACCCCGGCUCUCUGAUAUGAGCGAGUUCAGCGACGACGACGCGCAGGUCGACCGAGCAAUGAUCCAGGAUGAUGAAUUUGACGAGGAGGGGGGUGCAGAAGAGAAUGACGACUACUCACGGUUUAAAAGAUCGCUGCUGCACGACAACCAUGAGGACUACGGUUGGCUGGACGAUGACGACACGGACUACACAGAUCAAGCGGACAAGAGCUUUAUCCAGGAUGAUGACGAUGACGAUGGUAGCACGUACGUGUACGAGGGGUGGUCGGCCAGGCGGCAGGGCUGGGGACGCUGGGCCGUGCUAGGGCUGGGGGCAUUGUUUGUUGUUUGGAUACUCGCGGGGUGGGGUGGGGCAUCGCCUGCGAGCCCCGACCUGUACCGUCGUGUGAACCAGCUACAGACUCAGCUGAACCACCUGACGCACGAGGCCGAAACGCAGCGAAAGUCCUUCCGGUCGGAACUAGAUUCGACCAUCAACAUGGUAAUACAACGCUUCGAGCAGAACAUAAAACGGCUCCUCCCUGGGUACACAAGUAAGCUGGAGAGUAAUAUUGCGCAAUUGGAAUCGGAGAUGCAGCAGAUAAACCAGAAGCUGCUGAUGGAAAACGUGACGCUAUGGCAGAAAGAACUAGUCAUAAAACUGAACGAGAAAUUACCUGAGAAAAUACCCAUUGUCAUGGAGGAUAAUUCCAAUAUGUUGCUGAUUCCCGAACUACACGAUUAUCUAUCAACACUGAUCAGCCAAGUGGUGCGAGAAAGCGUGACGUCGCUGCCGCAGUUCAAGUUCAACAUUAAUGACUACAUCAAGGAGGUCUUGAAUAACAACUUCCAAUUUGUCGACAAGCAGUAUUUUCUGACACAACUGCAUGAAAGCCUGAUGGCGAACAAGGAUGAAAUAUGGCAAGAACUGGAGCCGCGGCUCGCACACCUGACGUCACCGGAUGCGGUACCGCAGCAGUUCUCAUCAGUGAUAAUGAAAAAACUGAUGCACAAGAUCUACAACGCUAAUCAACACCAAUGGGAGUCGGAUCUCAAUAUUGCGACAUUCGCCCAGGGCUCGAAGUUGCUGAACCAUCUCUGUUCAAAAACUCAUCACGGGCCCGUUGGACCAAUGUACCUGCUGCAGGACUGUAAUGGGUGCACCUCCACCUAUUGGAAUUGCGAUGCUGCAGCGUGUAGCUGGGCUAUACGCUUGGUCGAGCCCAUGUACUUGAUAAAACUCGGAUACGUCCACGGCAAGUUCAGCCACAAUUUGCAGAUAAUGACCGCUGCCCCUAAAAAGAUCAAUGUGUAUGUGAAACUUUACGAGGGGACGCAGAACGCUCCGCAGAACACCAAGUACUGGUCGAGGGAUAGUCGUUUCAUGUUUCUAGGUUCCUGGGAUUACGAUAUUUUUGACAACAGAAUAAGGCAAGACUUCGAGCUACCCCUUUGGUUUAUUCAGGGGAAAUACCUGGUGCGCUCAAUCGCCUUCGAGGUCGCGACCAACCACGGGAACAAUCAAUACACCUCCCUACGUAAAUUCGUUGUCAACGCCGUCACUGUGCAGGAUUUGAAACUGAUGGACAAGUUUCCUAGGGAUUGGAAAAUCCAGGUCCCAGAUUAUUCUGUCAUGAUAGACGACCAAGAGCGUAUACGAGCCUCCCGCAUAGCCCAGUUACAUAAUGCGGGCAGCGUGCCGUCCUUCGGCGAUGAUGAACUCGAUGCUUAA